CGCUUUUAUGCUUAUAAAUGAGAAAAGCAGGUAGGUACCGGCAAAUAUUUAAGGGAAAAGAGGCAACACAUUGGUAAAUGCCAUAAUAAAUAUAUACAUCUUAUUUUAUUUUAAAUGUUUUUGUUAUUUAAGAAGGAAGAAGGCAUCAAAAAGAAAAACGCUUAAAAGCUGUGAUCUGUCUUUGAGGGGUAUUAUUGAGGUUUGAAACUGACCCCUUUAAAUAGAGGGGUCAGGCAGGACGUGGCUUUAGAGAGAGAGAAGGGAAAAUAAACAAGCAAAUAACAGCUGCAAAGCAAAAAACAUGGGUAGCAGAGAACGUCUCCUGAACUGAAGGCUGAAGACAAAAGGCAAACAACCACUUCUAUAUACCGUAACAAGUCAAGAAAGAGGAGAAACAACACACAAAGAUAUAACGAUAUUGUAUAAAGACAACGUAUGACAAAAAGAGAGAAAAUAUAAUGCUACAUAUCAAACCAAGAAUAAAUUAAAGGGGAACAAAGUAAUUAUAAAGGGAAUAAUAAGUUCCUCGCGUUUGGAAUUUCGUCAGCUACCAAAUAUUGCUGGGUGUACCCUCGAGGCCAGUUUGGUUCCUUGCAGACUGACAGAAUGGGUUUGCUGAAGAAGUUUUGGGCAGCGAGGAAGUUAUUGCUGGUUGUUUUGAUCCCUCUCGCCUUGCUACCGUUACCCCUGAUUCAUCCUAGCAGUGAAGCUUCCUGCGCGUAUGUUCUGAUAGUGACGGCAGUUUACUGGGUGUCUGAAGCCAUCCCCCUGGGUGCUGCUGCCUUGGUACCAGCCUUCCUCUACCCCCUGUUUGGAGUGCUCAAGUCCAGUGAGGUGGCUGCUGAGUACUUCAAAGACACCACCUUGCUGCUUAUAGGAGUGAUCUGCCUGGCUGCUUCUAUUGAGAAAUGGAAUCUGCACAAGCGCCUUGCUCUGCGGAUGGUCAUGAUUGCUGGAGCCAAGCCUGGCAUGCUGGUGCUGGGGUUCAUGUGUUGCACGGUUUUCCUGUCCAUGUGGCUCAGUAACACCUCCACCACUGCCAUGGUGAUGCCCAUUGCUGAGGCUGUGCUGCAGCAGCUCAUCAGCACAGGGGCAGCAGACAUUGACGAGGAGGCAGAGGCCAUCAGCGAGGGUGAUGAAGAGCAGGGGGGCCUGGCAGACAAAGAAGAAAACCUGGACAAGACCCAGCUAGAACUGCUCUUCCGGAAAGAAAGUGGAACAAAGAGCGACCUCAUCACGUUAACAAAUCUUGAGGACUUGAAUAGGUCAACACAGAAAGACACUGUGAAGAGGCAGAGUAAUGGGUACCUGCCCCAGACAGCAGUCUCAAUCCCCGAACUCCCUACAAGCAGCCGGAAGCAGAGCUCGCGCUACCCUACCAAGAGGGAUCACAUGAUCUGCAAGUGCCUGUCCCUGAGCAUCACCUACGCAGCCACCAUUGGGGGGCUUAUCACCAUCACUGGGACCUCCACCAACCUCAUCUUCGCAGAGCAGUUCAACAUCCGGUACCCUGAGGCGCAAGUGAUCAACUUCGGGACAUGGUUUAUCUUCAGUCUCCCCAUCUCCCUGAUCAUGCUCUUUCUGACCUGGGUCUGGCUGCACUGUCUCUUCCUGGGCUGCAAUUUCAGGGAGACCUGCUCCCUCAGCAAAAAGAGGAAGACGAAGCAGGAGGAUCUGUCUGAGAAACGCAUCCAGGAAGAGUAUGAGAAACUGGGGCCAAUCAGUUACCCAGAGCUGGUGACUGGGGUCUUCUUCGUGCUCAUGACCCUGCUGUGGUUCACCAGAGAGCCAGGAUUCGUGCCAGGGUGGACCUCCCUCUUCGAAAAAAAGGGCUAUCGGACAGACGCCACCAUCUCGGUGUUGCUGGGAUUCCUGCUGUUUCUGAUCCCGUCCAGGAAACCCUGCUUCUCCCAGGCUGGGGACAGAGACCAAGGAAGCGGUUCAGAGGAUGAGGAGGACAGUGACACCCUGGCCCCCAUGAUAACCUGGAAGGACUUCCAGAAGCUGAUGCCGUGGGAGAUUGUGAUCUUGGUGGGUGGGGGUUACGCACUGGCGGCAGGAUGCAAGGUCUCUGGCCUAUCUGUGUGGAUGGGAAGACAGUUGGAACCAAUGAACAGCCUCCCACCCUGGACUGUAACACUUUUAGCCUGUCUCCUUGUUUCUGCGGUAACUGAAUUUGCCAGUAACCCAGCAACCAUCACAGUCUUCCUCCCUAUUCUCUCCACAAUGUCAGAGACCCUCCACAUUAAUCCCUUGUACACCUUGAUCCCUGCAACCAUGUGUGUCUCCUUUGGUGUGAUGCUGCCUGUAGGUAAUCCUCCCAACGCCAUUGUGUUCAGCUACGGACAUUGCCAGGUCAGCGACAUGGUGAAGGCUGGCUUUGGGGUGAACCUGAUUGGCGUGGUGGUUGUCAUGGUUGCCAUCAUGACUUGGGGUGUGCCCCUUUUCCAGCUGUCUGAGUUUCCAGCCUGGGCGGUGAUAGGGAACAUGACUGACAGCUUGUGAUGUCACAGCUAAGUGGACAGGAAGGCUGGGACUGUUGCUCUGGGAUUAAUACUGUGAAAAACAGUCCUGAAAAACAAGAGUUGGCAAACAAGUCCUGUCUGAACACAACAGAAUGAUCAAGUGGAGUGGGUCAAGUGAUUCAGUGUAAUAAUCUGGUGAUUGUCCCUUUUUAAAAUGACCUUUGUUAAUUGGUGGUUUUGGUAAAUUGAUGAACGGUAAUCACAGUUGAGAUCAUGAAUACAGAUGGUCUUUUGGAGUCCUUGGAAAUCUUUUUCUUAAGUUUUGGUCAGUAUUACUGUUUGUGGGUAAAACAUGGAACAAAAAAGUUGACCUGAAAUCCAUAGGUGGCUCACAAAGUAAAGACAGGGGAUCCAGAAUAUGCAAAUCUUCCAGACUGCAUUUUAAAGCAGUAAAUGUGCAAUCUUGAUGUUUUCUUUUAAUUGAUUAAACAGGGCGUGCAAACAAUCAGUAAGUCCCAAAUGAUGUGGAUGUCGAUUUAAAACCUUUAGUUCAAACCAACUGACUUCAAUUUUAAUUAGGGGCGUUAAGUCUAAUUUUAACUUUAAACUGCACUGUUUUUUUGGACCACCCAUAAGGAGAAGCCCUCCAAAUAGAAUGCCAUGGAUAACAUCUAUUUCACCUGUGCUGAAUAUGCUUGAUAUUGAGCUCAGUCUCGACUGUCCACCCGUAUUCAUGUUCGCACCCAGUUUUACUGGCCAAAGGUCAAUAAGCGCCCACACUCUCCAAAGCUAACCCCCCGCCCUCUUCAUUUUUUGCAGUACCUUAAAAUAUGAUAUUACUUGCAAGAAUGACGUAAUCCCCGCUUUAUAUAUUUUGUGAAGAUUGCAUACUGUAUAUACAAAUAUGAGCAAAGUGUUAGUUAUUUCAUAAGUGUUACAAAAACAGUUUUUCUCUCUGUUAUCCCCCCCCCCCCUUCCACUUCAUUUGCAGCUCACAGACAAGUUUCUGGUCAUGUUCUUAAUUCUACCAUUAUGAGUGUUUCACGUUAACCAUGCCAUAUAAUACCUCAUUUACUUAAAAUGCAUAAAAAGCUUGAAAGUAUGUCAAACGUUUUGGGGGAUAAUCUAUUGAAAAUUGACUUAUCUGAAUGAGAGCAAAGAGCGAGUCCCCUCUCAUGUGUUCACAGUUCUCUUGCAAUUUGUGUUUAAGAUUUACCGAAACAGUUUUUAGUCCAGUAACCACAGUUGAAAUGUUACAGGGCUGUAUUAUGACUAAAGUUAUGUUAUAGACAGUGUAUAAAUACAUGACAUGCAACGCUUUUAAUAACAAAACAGUGAGUUUAUCUAGAUCCCACACUGCAGUUUUUUUUCAUUGAAAUGUACUGAAAUUAGAGAAAUAAGAUGAAAUUGGGAAACACACCGGAGCACCGUGGAUGAGGGAUGCAGCAGACAGGCUUUUGUGGAAGAAUCUUGGGGAGGCCUUCAUCCAGCAGUGGAUUGAAAAAGGGUGAAGAGGAUGGUGAUGAGAUAAAUUGUUGUAAACUGGGUAUUUUCUUCUUUUUGUUUUGCCAUAUUUAAUUCUAAACAAUUAAAUAAGCAUUGCUUUACACUAAGCAAGUCAAUAAUAAUAAUUAGUAAGAAGAAGAACUUUACUCACCAUUCCAAGACUCAGAAGACAACUCUUUGUGACUUUGCAGCAGCAAACUGUGAUACUGCAUGGGAUAGGUCUAUCUUUUCAGCCACAUCAUUUUCAACAGACAGGAUGGCCAGCGAAGAUAGUCUGUCAUCUCCCAUGGUCAAUUGCAAAUAUGUUUUAAUGCGCUUCAACUUAGAGAAGCUCCGUUCUCUGCUUGCCACCAAUAGACAGCUAACAGGAUCCUGAUUGCUAGCCAGGUGUUUGGGAAGUUGUCAUGAAGUUAUCAUGAAGUUCACUGCUGUGAAUAAACUGUAGUACAUCUUGAGGGGCACUACAGUCCUUUGGAAGCAGACUUUGGAGAUAGCCAAGUUCUUCAUAGAGGUCGAAGUUGUUGAUGUCAGAGCUCUCUGCAGAUGUCAAUGCACAGUGAAGGUCCUCGCAUUCCUUCUUCAAAGUUGGAAAAAUUAAAUUUUGAACUAGAAUUCUAGAUUGUUAACUGUUUCACCUUCACACUCCUAGCUGAAUUGACAUUUACUUUAUGGCGAACGUGUGGGGCUGGUUUUAAACACUGGUUCAACACCAAUAUUUUCAGCUAUUUCCUUAGCUGUUGACAGAGCUCUUUCAUACCCAACUUUCCUGUAGUUUACAACGCAGUCAUGUCAUGCAUUUUUCAAGCUGUGGCUUCAACAGUGUCUAUUGUUUGUUUUUCUGUCUCUGCAUGCUUUUGCUCGCCAGAUUGACUUGAAAAAGGAUAUCGUACCACACAACAGUGGAGAUGACAAACUUGAAUUCAGUGAGUUGACAUGACUGUUGACAAGUUGACUGAUACCAGCAUUUGGUUGCUCUGAUUCAGCUAAUAUGAAAAGGGCAUCGUGGACUUGAGCAGUUUGGUAUUGAACAGCUUUAACACUGUCAAUUCUGUACUCCCAGUGUGUUUCACAUACUGGCUUUACAGUGGUACUGACGUGAUCUGUGAGAAUUUUCCAACGAACAGAGGCAGAGAACAGAACGUAGAUCCUUUGCAGAAUGCCGAAGAGUGACACGGACUCCGUUGAAGAUGUUGCGGCAUCCCCCACCAGGAGAUUUAGCGAGUGGCGUCCACAUGGAACAAAAAAUGCUCUCGGAUUUUGAUUUAGGAUUCUUGCCUGUACACCCUUUUCUUUUCCCCUUCAUAUUUGCGCCAUUGUCAUAACAUGGCCAUGGCAGUCUUCGAUAUUUACAUCACGUUCCUUCAGAGUAGUAUUGUAUCCGUCAGCGCUUCUCCAGUGCACUCGUCCACUGUUUUAAAACCAAUAAAGUGCUCCUGGAUUGUCACUUUGCCAUCAGAAGUGUGAAGGAACCUAACGGUGAAAGACCUUAUUUUUUCAGAAUGGCUCACAUCCGGAGUGCACUCUAGUAUCAUGGAGUAGUACUUGGUGCUCCUCAACCUUAAGAAUGUCUUGCAGCACUUUCUUCGCCAACAGUUCAAUUAUCUCAUUCUGAAUAGUUUUUCCACAGUAGUGAUCUGUCACCUCUCUGGAAAGGAUGAUCGCAAAUGUUCCUUUAGUACUUUGUCGUAUUUUCCAAGUAACUCCACUAAACCCAGGAAGUUACCAUCAAUCACAGUGAAGCGCUUGUCAGGCGAGUCUGGGAAAGCCAGGUUAUUUUUAGAGAGAUUGUUUAGAGCGUUCUUGUCAUGAGCCAAUGUAAAAUGUUCUCCCAGUGCUUUCUCUCUUGUUUAAUUGACACGCUGAAGCUCCAAGUCGAUGCAGUUACUCAGUUUUAUCCUUUGCUCUGCCUCAACCCACGGUCAGUAGGAAUUAAAAUGACUAGGUGACUUUUCAUGAUGGACGAGAGUCUGACACAUGUGCUUCCAGUCAUUUGACCCCUCUGUGGCUAGGGAUGAUUUUGAAUUAAAGUUGAAGAGCUUGCAACAUAAACAGAAAACAUAAACAGCCAGCGCAGCUUCAGAGCUUCACCAUUUACAGCUUUGUUUCAAAAAUGCCAUAGAAAAAUGACAAUUCUGCUCAUCCAGAGAAGUCUAUCUCCUUUACUUUUGGAGGACUGUUGGUCAGUAGCAGAUCUUGAAUUUUGGGUGUUGGAGUGGGCCAUAAAGCAGGAUCAGAAAGUGCAUCACUAACACCUGUAAUAAGAAUUGUCUCAUCUCUAUCAGUAGCAGUGGCAUCGUCAUUAUUCCGGACUAGAUGAAAAAUGUCUGUUUCAUUGGUCUGUUUGUUUCUCUUGCAAUAUAUGUGGGAAGUUGCAUUGUGGAUGAUCUUAAGAAAGAGCGACAUUUUGUUUCCUGUUAUGUUUUACGAAAAUAAGAG